GAGUGAUGUGGGAAUAACCUGUUCUGUGUGAAAGACAAGAAAGAAAACAUUUGAUAAAGGGAAGAAACAAAACAUCUGAUAAAUGGAAGCCAUGAAGAUAUCAAAGCGGUUCUUCGCUUUGGGGAUUUUGGCAUGCAUAGCUAUUUAUGUUGCAUACAUAAAAUGGCACUUGGAUUCCAAGCCAGUUGUGGGAGCAACAGAAGGAGUUGCUGAAAGCAGGGGAGACAAACUGAACCAUCAAGCACUGAACACAGAUCUCUCGGUCUUUUAUGGAAUUAUGUUUGAUGCAGGAAGCACAGGAACUCGCAUCCAUAUUUUUAAAUUUACACGGCAACCAAAAGAGACUCCCAAAUUAACCCAUGAGACGUUUAAAGCACUGAAGCCAGGUCUAUCCGCAUAUGCUGAUGAUGUCGAAAAGAGUGGCCAGGGAAUAAAAGAGCUCUUGGAGGUGGCAAAGAAGGAAGUUCCUAUGGAGCUGUGGAAGUUUACUCCUCUGGUCCUGAAAGCCACAGCUGGCCUACGGUUGCUGCCAGGAGAGAAAGCUCAGAAGUUGCUGGAUAAGGUGAAGGAGAUUUUUCAGGCCUCCCCCUUCUUUGUGAGGGACAACUGCGUGUCAAUAAUGAAUGGAACUGAUGAAGGUAUUUCAGCCUGGAUCACAAUAAAUUUUUUAACAGGUAGCCUAGAUGAUCCACGGAAGAGAAGUGUAGGGAUGCUGGAUUUGGGUGGUGGAUCAACACAGAUCACCUUCCUUCCACACACUGAGGCAACUCUUCAGACAUCACCAGCUGGCCAUACAACUUCAUUUCAGAUGUUUAACAACACCUACAAGCUGUAUUCGUACAGUUACCUGGGACUCGGGCUGAUGUCAGCAAGGCUCGCCAUUUUAGGAGGAGUUGAGGGAAAACCCUUAGGAGAAGGGGAGGAAUUGAUCAGCCCCUGUUUACCACCUGGCUUCAAAUCUGAAUGGCAACAUGCUGAGAUAGUGUACAAAAUUAAAGGACAGAAGGCAGGUGAGCCUCUGUAUGAGUCUUGUUCUAACAAAGUGGCAAAGAUGCUCUACAAAAAAGUGCAUAAAGCUGAGGAAGUGAAGGACUUGGAUUUUUACGCUUUCUCAUACUACUAUGACUGUGCAGCAGAGGUUGGUCUCAUAGAUAAAGAAAAAGGAGGAAGCUUAACCCUUGGUGACUUUGAAAUUGCAGCUAAAUACGUAUGUAAGACCAUGGAAAUCAGCCCUGGAAGCAGCCCUUUUCUCUGCAUGGACCUCACGUACAUCACCUUCCUCCUGCAAGAACUGGGCUUCCUGAAGAGCCAAGUCUUUAGGCUUGCCCGGAAAAUUGACAAUGUUGAAACGAGCUGGGCAUUGGGAGCCACUUUUCAUUACAUCGACUCGCUCAAUAGACUGCAGUACUAA